AUGGCGACUCUGCCUGACUCUGGAUCUGGAUCAUGCACCAGCAGUCCAUUCCAAGUAACUUAUCCAUUCGACAAGAAAUCCAAUGCCAAUGGGACUCACGCAGACUUGGUUCUUCGCUCCGCGGACGGAGUUGAUUUCCGUGUGAUGAAGGACGUUCUCGCUGUGGCGUCGCCCGUGUUCCAGGAUAUGACUACUUUGGCGAGACCACUUGCAAUAGGCACCAAAUGCAGUACUAGUCCUUCUACUACUGACGAUCAGUACUCUGAGGAGGGACUCCCGAUUGUCGUCAUGUACGAGUCCAAUGCGGUCGUACUUGACACAAUGUUAAGGAUUUUGUAUCCUGUCGUUCCGCCGAAAUUGGAUUCGUACGAUGUGCUUGAUGGUUUAUUACGUGCUGCACAGAAGUAUGACAUGGCGUUGGUCUUACACGUUGUAGAAGAAUCGUUUCGUCGACUUGUGGAUGAGAACGACGGACAACGGGCCAUGGAGGUUUAUAUCCUCGCUUGGGAGUACCAACUCGAAGAGAUUCUCCGCCUUGUACUAGACGCGUUCCUAAGGUAUCCCUUCAACCAGUCGUACUUCUCUGGUCUCGAAAAAGCCCCAGCAAGCGCCUUAUUCCGACUAUUCGACUACCGUCAAAAAGUCUCCAACAAAGUCGACUUACUCUUCUCACCCUUAAAAUCGCCAACUGACCUACCUCAACCACUACGCUGUAUCCUACGAGAGAUUGAAUGCUCAACAAAGAACAUCAAACCCACCGAAGGGUGCGGGUCCAACGAGAAUGGUUAUUACAUCGACAACAGAUACUGCAAACCUAUACAAAUGAAUACAGAACUAUACAAGAAACGAGUGCGUCCGUUCGUGAUGGAUAGGAAUUAA